UACCGUGUCUGGUCUGUUACUGCUUUUAAACGUGACAGUGGUUACGUGACCGGAAAGUGUCAAACAUGGCAACGUAGACUUCCUCAACCAUUGGAUUUAAAGCGGGAACGAGACGAAGCAGUCAUCUAAAAAGUUUACUAACUUACAGCUGGCAUAACAGUUGUGAAACAUCGUGCCAAUGGGUCGUUUGUGGUAAUAAACACGCUAACACAACUCGUGUGCUGUUUAUUAGUGUAAAAUUACGGAAUAAUGUAGCUAACGUACGUUGAGCAAAGCAGCUAACCGACAAAACGGGGAAACGUCGAGGCACUAACGUUACGUAACGUUACACGGGACAAAUAAGGAUAUCCUGGGCAUGUUGACUAAAGAAAGGAGGGCAAUACAAGCGUGUUUUACUCCAUGAAAGAGAAAUGAAAGAAUAGAAUGAAGCCGAAACGCAUCCAGAGGCGUAACGUUACAGGACCCAAGUGGCAAGGGAAAGGCGCCAGUACUGGUGGUGACAACGCAGCCCUGAGCCAAGCUAAGCCAACAUGUGUGUCCUCUACUGCUCAAGUCAAACCUUUUGCUGGGAAAGUGUUUUACCUGGAUCUGCCAUCAAACAGAAUAGCAGAGACAUUGGAGAAUGACAUCAAAAACCUGGGAGGGACUGUUGAGAAGUUCUUCAGUAAGGAAAUUAAGUAUCUGGUAUCCAACAAGAGGGAGGCUAGAUAUGUGCAGUGCCUCAGGCAGGACUCUCCUGUCCCCAGCCCGGACUCCGGCCCGAGUUCACCUCACCCUCGAACAAACCAGCACCAGCCUGGCACCCGUGGGGACAACAUCAAAAGCAAGUCUCAGGGCCAAACAGACUCUUUUGUUCAAAGUCGAGGGAAGUCUUUGGUGGAGAGAGUGGUGAAAGAGCAGGAGAGGAUGAAAAUGAACAAGAUCCUGUCAAAUGCUCUGGAGUGGGGUGUGAAAAUCCUCUACAUAGAUGAUAUAAUGGCAUAUGUUCAGAAGAAAAAAAAGAUUGUCAGCAAACUGUGUCCUGCUACCACUGCUGUCAAAACGAGCGUCAAAGCUCAGUCAGAAGCAAAGCAAGGCUUUCAGAAAUGCAAAGGGGGAAGGAUCAGUAAACCGUUUGUUAAGGUUGAGGAUUCAAGCAGACACUACCGUCCAAUCUACCUCACUAUGCCUAACAUGCCGGAGUUCAACCUGAAGACUAUUCCUCCAUGUAGUCCUUUCUGUGUCGAGGACAAGGAUCCUCCUGGGAACAAACAGCCGGGACACAGAGGUGUGAACGCCUCAGCCAGUGAAGAGCGACAACACGGCCGAAAGAAGACGAGAGACAAGAAACGAGGUGGCUACUGCGAGUGCUGUAUGAUCAAAUAUGAGAACAUCACCACGCAUCUAAAGAGUGAACGUCACAAGGCUUUCUCCAAGAGUGACAAAUACCUGGUGGUGGACAAACUGGUUUCAACUCUGCAGCACUGCAACUUUCUCCACAUCAAAACUCAAGUUAAAAGACCAAAGUGCAGUGUUUCCUCUGUUCUGAUUGUUCCUGGACCAUGUGGGAAAACUGUGCAAAGACACAAGGGAGAUCUUGAUACCACAGAAGAAGAGCAGCACCAGACUCUCGAUGGGCAUGAGGUUUCUUAUUCAGGACACACUUUAAAAAUCAGAUCAGAUGCAGGUUCUGCUCCUCUGAUUCACAGGGAGGGGGAGAGGAGGAGCUAUUACACACACUCAGACAGAUCCAAGCACAAAUCUAUUGCACGUAAACGGCCAUGUAGGCAGAAUUCUUUGACUUCUUGCUCUCAAAAACCUGAGCAAGCUCCAAUUCCUCAGCCCAAGAUGGAAAUGGCCCCCUCUAGAGGUGAAUGUCUUCCCUCUAUUCCCUCCAGAGAUACUCGGGUCAAUAAGGUGGACCAAACAAUAACUCAAGACAUGAACAGCUCAACCUCUCACUUCCAUAAUGUGAAUGUACAGAAUGAAGCUUCUUCAAAAUGCCUUGAUGUUGAAACAAAUCAACAAGAGGAGUCUGAUAAGAAACAGGAUUCCUUAGUGUAUGAGGCUGUUGAGGAUGGAAACAUAUUGCCUGACAAAAUGACUACAAACAACCUCUCAGAAAGGGAAGAAGCGAGCCUUCCUUCACUAAGCUUCUCUCCGGUCCGGAAAAUACAGAGGAGGGUGAGAGUUUAUAGACGCAAAAGACGGAAAGUAAACCCACACGUUGAACAGGUAGAGCCAAGUGACUUUCCCGAUGACUCCAGGCUCAAACUUUGGGAACUUUUUCAGUCAAGUGAUGACAUGGACGUGGAAUUUCUGGGCUUUAAGGACUAG